CCUAACCAAGCACAUGACCACACGAUCCCACCUACAUUUAUCGCUAAUAAAGAAGACAUACAAAAACGAGUGGUCGACAAAUGAAUCGUCUGACGUCUGCUAACAGCAACAAAUAAUUGUUUCAUCUACUGUAAAACCUCUUUCAGCAUCUAUUUGGCAAAUCAUCUAUAGUCUCCUCAUCAUCCAAGAACGCCCUGUAGCGAUGAGUACACCACAACCUCCUCAUAUAGCUCUGUUCCCUAGUGCGGGAAUGGGCCAUUUGAUACCAUUCCUCCGGCUCGCGGCAAUGCUGGAGAAGCAAGACAGCAUCGUUACGGUCAUUGCAGCUCGACCCACCGUGUCCAUUGCCGAGUCGGACCACCUAUCCUCAUUCCUUCGCCACAAUCCCAAAAUCAAUCAUCUUGAACUCCAGCUUACUCCUAGCUUCCGGCGAGCUGAUUCUGCUCCUGUUGACCCUUUCCUUCUCCAGAUGGAUCUCAUCAGUCAGUCAAUCUUUCUUCUCCCUCCACUGUUAUCUUCAUCAUCUCCACCUUUUUCCGCUAUAUUUGUGGACUUCCUUCUAGUUGCCGAGAUUGCUCCAUUUGCUAAAACCCUUCAGCUUCCUAUUUAUGUUCUUUCCACCACCUCAGUCGCUUUCGUCUCCCUCACGGCGUACCUUCCGGUGCUGGCAUCAAACCCAGCUGAGUUCAACAAAACUUCCACUGAAAUCAAGAUACCAGGAUUGCCACCCAUGGCAAUGUCAAGCCUCCCACCGGUAUUCCUUGAUUCCAGUCAUCUUUUUACGUCAAUCAUUAUUACAAACUCUCAAGCUCUAUCAGACGCCAAAGGAAUCUUGAUGAACACUUUUGAUUGGUUCCAACCAUCUACACUUGCCGCUCUCAACAAAGAUAGGGUGAUUAAAAGCCUGCCGCCCAUUCUGCCUAUAGGGCCAUUAGAACCAUGUCAUGUUCCACAUGACCAUAAUGGGGAUCAAUACAGGUCAUGGCUGGAGAACCAACCAGCUGAAUCUGUGGUAUACAUUAGCUUUGGGAGCAGAACGGCAAUGUCCAGAGAUCAGAUACGAGAGUUGGAAAAAGGGUUGGAGAAGACGGGGUGGAGAUUCUUCUGGGUUCUAAAAACCAGUAAAGUGGAUAAGGAUGACCAAGCGGAUGCGGAACACUUUUUGAAUGAAUCCUUCUUGGAGAUAACAAAGAAUAAGGGGUUGGUCAUAAAAGGGUGGGUGGACCAGCAGGAGAUUUUAGAGCAUCCCGCCAUCGGAGGGUUCUUAAGUCACUGCGGGUGGAACUCGGUUAUGGAAGCGGCUCUACAGGGAGUUCCAAUGCUUGCCUGGCCGCAAGAUGGUGAUCAGAGGUUGAAUGCAGAGGUCAUGGAGGAUGCAGGAUUGGGACUGUGGGAGAGGAACUGGGAUUGGGGUCCCAAUGGUAUUGUGCAAGGAGAAGAGAUUGAGAAGAAGAUUGUAGAGUUGAUGACAGAUGAGAAGCUGAGAGAGAGAGCCAAGAUGGUGAGAGAAGAGGCUAGGAAGGCUGUUGGGAGUGGUGGGAGCUCUGAUAAGGCGAUCAGAGAAGUAGUUGAAUCGUUACAUUUGAUUCUAACAAGGCACGCAUGGGAACAGAUCAAUGUGCUGAGAGGAGAAGCAGAAGCAAAAUUACCUAUCGGAAGCUCCUGAGCAGAGAUCAAGUGGUACCCAGAUGCACUUGAUGUCUUCAUCGAAUGAUUACACACCUAAAUAAUACUUCUGAUCCUGCAAAAAAACCAACCUUAAGUUGUUGACUACAAAGUCAAAGUCAUUGAUUAAAUGCUAU